CUGUUCUUGAUAAAACGUGGGGAACGGGGGCUGUUCCCGGUGUAACGAUAAAGUAAAUAGUGCUCAUGGAAGGAAAGGUAGCGCUGUGCAGAGAGUCGCGGCAGACCCGUGCGUAUGGAGAGCGUUGAGGGCUUUCCGCAGCUGUGCCAGGUAGCUCAUUAGAAACACAGCACCCACAGUGGUUAUUUUCCAGCUCACCGGCGGUUUGUUCUAUGCUGUGUGUUUUGUGUAGCUGGCGCUGCAGUGCUGCCUGCCCGCGGGCCGGGCCCGGGAGCCGUGGGAGGAGCGGGCGGCGCGUCCUGCCCGGGCGGAGGCGGCUCCGGCCACCGGCACCCGCCUGAACAACCGCGGAGAGUCCAGAGGCGUGAGCAACAGCGAGGAAAACAACCGGUUAAGUGAAGGCUGGAGAAACUGGGCACGUUUAGUCUAGAAGUGGAAUAGCAAAGCCGAGGAAAUAGCAGCUUGUGUUAACCGUGCUCGCUGAAACUGAUACUUGCGGCGGCACAUUUGUGGUCCCGACUACACAAGGACUGCACAACCGUGCGAUACUUAAUGGGAUGAAGCAGAACAGAUUACACCCGUGCUAACAGGGGAACUUGUCUGGGAGAGCCAUGGGUGGGAAUGGCUGGAAAGCAGAGCACCGGGAUGGCGCUCCAUCCCCACCCAUCCAUCCGAGCUGCGGCUGCCUUCGCUGGGCGCUCGCCUAGACACGGCAGAGCUGUCCCGCGCUUAGAUAACAUGAAGAUGGAGGACUAUGAAAUAUUCUGUAGGAAGCACCUUUCCAGAAUCCAAGAAGAGGCAGUAAAAGGAGAAACCUCUUUGACUGUUCAGCACAAAAACAUCUCCCUCAUUCAAUUCUAUAGAGUCCCUGUGCUUUCUCCUCUGCUUAGCCUUGAAAAGAAAAAGGAAAUACAGCAAUAUAAGAAGAAAGCACUGGACCUAGAGACCAGGAAACGGGAGUCCCGGAAAAAAGCUUUAUUGAAUCGUGUUCAGGAGAUUGUAGAAAAUGUCCAGAUGAAGAAAGGACCUAGCACGAGCGAUGUGAACACUCUGGAGGCUGAGAGUUCUUGCCCUGAUUUGGAUUCAAAGGCUUUGACUGACUUCACAGCUCUAUCAGAUACCAAUUCAACAUGUUCUCCUGAAAGGCACGGUUCCAUGGACCUGGAAAAGACACCAGAACUUAGACCAUCAGAUACUGCAGGGCAAAUGACAUCAAAUAUGACGGAAGCAGUCAAAGCAGCAGAAGAAAAUGUUUCUUCCAAGCCAAGCGAGAGUGGCUUCUCGAAGGACGCUCCUUGUCCGAGGGCUGCAUCUCCUGACAAGGUGUGUAACAAGCUCCCGUCUCACGCCCUGCAAAAGCAGGAGGGACGAGUCGGGUCUCCGUCGGAUGAGGAUGUCCAGGAUCCGUGUGUAAUGAGUCUUCAGAACCUGAUCAAGAGGUCUAGGGAAUGCAUAGAGAAAGAGCAGAGCAAGCGUGCCUCAAAAAGCAGUUCCAAGAGGAGUACGAGUGAGAGUCAUUCGGAUAAAGAAAACGACGGUGUUAAAACAACCGACUCUGUGAAAGAGAGAGCGAAGUUUACAGGCAGAAGUUGCUCUGUUCAGACACUUGAUAAACUCAGUCUUAAUAAAUCAAAUACCCUUCUCCAAGGUGCCUCUACUCAUACAAAUAACACAAGUAUGUCCGCUUUAUCCAGUUUUUCUAAAGUAGACAUACCUAUGAGAGUUGGAACACCCCCUUUGGUGGAUUCUGAUUCAGAUGAGGAAUUGAAAAAGAAUUCUGUGUUUGAGCGUGACAGCAGCAUUGUCAGGAGCCUCACAGGCUCUUACGCCAAAUUGCCAAGCCCAGAGCCAAGCAUGAGCCCUAAAAUGCACCGACGGCGCCCAAGGCCUUUAUCCAUGGGACACAUCAUUAUAAACAACCCUGUGAAUGCUUACGAGCUAAGUCCUAAAGGCAAGGGUAGAGCAAUGGAUUUAAUCAUGCAAGAUAUUGCAGAUAAAAACAACGUGUCUGAAUCGGUGCCAAAGUUCAUGGUGGACUUCACUACAGUUUGCCCUGGCAGAGUUCCUGGUGUCAGCAGGAAUUCUUCAGGCCCCUGUGAUGGGUUGGGGGUUGGCAAAGCAAAUCGCCAUUCCUUCGGGCUCUUUGAAAGCAGAGGAACCGUGUCGGCUACGGUGGAAGGUCACGUGGUGAUGGACAGCAGAGGGCCGUGUAAAGCAGAGACCAGUACUGGUAUGGUGCCUCCAAAAGUGAAUGAGCCCUUUGCCAUCAGUCAGUCUACAGUGACACAGAAGAUCCUGGCUGUGAAUGAAAUGAAACCAGCUACUUUGCCAGAGAACACUAAAUGCAAUUCUCCAGUGGAACUCAAUAAAUCUUAUGACGUAGAAAAUCCAUCUCCACUACUAAUGCAGAGCAAGAAUGUGCGACAGCAGAUGGAUAAUACUCCAAGUGUUGCCUCAGCAAAUGAGCAGUUUCCAGAAAAUUUUGAAAAGGUAAAACGUAGACUUGAUUUGGACACCGACAGCUGCCAAAAAGAAAACAGUUCCUGUGUUCUAAGAGUUGGAAUGGAAGAACAAGAGAAGCAGUGGUUGCAAGAGCAGAAAUAUCCUGUGGGAUCAGUUUACAUUACCAAGAAUGCAGUCCUUGAAAAUAUGGCAAAAGAAGAUAUUUUAAAAACUAAAAUGUUGGCCUUUGAAGAAAUGAGAAAGAGACUUGAAGAACAGCAUGCACAACAACUGUCAAUUCUGAUAGCUGAACAAGAGAGAGAACAGGAGAAAUUGCAGAAGGAACUGGAAGAGCAGGAGAGACAGUUGAAAGGAAAGAAGGUUACUACAACGGAAAUAGAAAUUUCCAAAGUGAAUAUUAACAGUAGGAUGGAGUUGGAGUGGAGGAAAAAAAGUGAAAGUGGCUUGCUGGAAAGUGUGCAGUCUCAGCUGGAGACAGUCCAUAACACAAACUCCACCAGCAUUGGUUUUGCUCAUACAACACCCAACACCUUUGCUUCAACAAGUGAAACUUCAUUCUAUCUCUGGGGACCCUCAGGUAGUGGAGUUAUAAAAACCUCAGUAUGCAGGCCAAGUAAUAGGAUCAAAACUAGGUGGACUCAGGUUUUCAGUCCAGAGAUACAAAUGAAGUUCGACAAGAUCACUGCAGUGGCAAAGGGAUUUCUUACACGUAGACUCCUGCAGACAGAAAAACUGAAACAUCUUAAGCAAACUGUAAAAGAUACUCUGGAAUUCAUAAAAAAUUUUCAGUCUGAAGCCCCAUUGAAAAGAGGAAGUGUGUCAGCACAAGAUGCAUCCCUUCAUGAAAGAGUAAUGGCUCAGCUGCGAGCUGCUCUGUAUGACAUCCAUGACAUCUUUUUCACAAUGGAGGCAUCGGAGAGAAUGAAUAUUCUGCGUCACGAUCGUGAAGUUCGUAAAGAGAAGAUGCUCAGGCAGAUGGAUAAAGUAAAGAGCCCAAGAGAGCGAGUGACACUUUCAACAGCUACGCAGAAAUCUCUGGACAGGAAAAAGUACAUGAAGGCUUCAGAAAUGGGAAUGCCAAGUAAAAAAAUAAUCAUCAAACAAAAAACUCCUGAAAACCGCAUACUUCAACCAAACCAAGGACAGAAUGCCCCGGUUCAUAGACUGCUUUGCAGACAAGGAACCCCUAAGACCUCAGUGAAUGGGGUUGAGCAAAAUAGAAAGAAGGCCUCAGAGAGCAGAGUGUCUAACAAGGCUGUUUCAGGAGCAUAUGCAGGAAGAACCCAAAGAAAGAAGCCAAAUGUUGUGACAAUUUAAGAAGACAGCACUCACUGGGAUAAAAUGGCUGUGUUUUAAUGAUGGCAUUCUCAGCACUGAUUUUUAAUAUUGCAUCUUCUUUACAUAUAUGUAUAUUUAGACAUUAUAAAACCACUUUGUCAUUUUCACGUGACACAUGAACACAAUCAUAUUGAAGUAAUAUGCUUUGAAACUCUCAUACUUGUGGGAAAAUUGCAUGUUAGAACUUGUGUACAGACCAGUAUUAAUAUAUAAAAGAUUCCUAAUCUUGUUUAUUUAAAGACUACCACAGGGCAACAUGAAGGUAAUUUGUGACUUUUUCACACUUUCUAAUUCUAGUGUCUGACAUAUGCUUUUUGCAUUACUUAAACUGCAAUUUCUGUGUAUGAGUGCCACCAUAAGUAAGUCAUAGGUAUGUAUUUAGUUUCAUACCAUAAAGUAAAAGCAGCUAAAUGUGAAAAAACCCCCCAAACUUAAUUUAA